AAGCCUAUGUGUCUGUCAAACAGAUGACCCAAAAUCUCCUGGGCCAGUGGAGCUGGAGGAAAAUGUUCCUGGGACAUUAACUGUCUGCUGGAGCCCUUCUCCUGGUGAGAAACGAGAUAACCAUCUGCAUUACAUGGUGGCCAAACGUGACUCAGUCAAGCAGACAUGGCAUACAGUGGCUGACCGAGUGUUCAACAACAGCUUCACAGCUGUCAAUAUCAUGCCAAGAAGAGAAUAUAUCUUCCGUGUGUAUGCCAAAAAUGACAUUUGGCUCUCUGAACCUUCUGAGUCCCUAACAUGGGGGUGUGUGAGUAAGAAAGAAAAGUUCACCCUUAGUAUGCCUGAACCCAAGACCUUCAACUUUGAGUCACUACCUACUUUCACGGUCCCAAUGAAAACACAUACAAGUCCAGAGAAGUAUGAAUGUUACAUGAGUUGUGCUGUGAGUGGCAAUCCCAACCCCCAUGUGACCUGGUACCACCACAACAUCAGUCUCAACACAAACACCAACUACUACAUCACCAACACGUGUGGUGUCUGUUCAUUAUUAAUACUAAGAGUGGUGCCUAAAAACAAUGGAGAGUACAAAGUUGUUGCAGAAAAUUCUUUAGGCCGUGCUGAGUGCACUACUCAACUCAAAAUAAGAGGUAGGUUAUGUGAAUAUAUUGCAGGUAAAAGGAUAGGUCCACAGAAUACACAUGUGUCUUUCAGUUUAUUUUCCUGAAUAUUAAGUACAGUAACAGUUUUUGUUUAUUCAGUGCUGGACAGUGGAUAUAUUUACAUAAUCGCUUUGCCUUUUU